AUGGGACAGAAUUCCUGGCUUGUAAAACUUCGAAAGCUUCUUGAUUUGGAGCUGCUUCCUAUCCUCGAUCCCAGUCUUGAGAGCAACUCCGGAGCCUCCUGCAAGAUGCUGGUGGUCCUGCUGGCAGCGGCCUUGCUGGCCGUGAGCUCAGCUCACUACUCAGGCAAUGAGGCUGAGGAUUCCAGUGAAACCUUCAUUCAGCAAUUUCAGAGACCACCUCUUGGGGGACACCCACCCAGACCCCCUUUGGGUAAUGAAACUGAAGAGGGUUUUCCUACAAGACCACCACAAGCAGAAAACAACCAGACACAGUCUCGUCCUCCUCGCCCUGACCACCAGCAAAGACCACCACAUCAUGGAGGCAACCAGACACAGUCUCGUCCUCCUCGCCCCGACCACCAGCAAAGACCACCACAUCAAGGAGGCAACCAGACACAGUCUCGUCCUCCUCGCCCCGACCACCAGCAAAGACCACCACAUCAAGGAGGCAACCAGACACAGUCUCGUCCUCCUCGCCCCGACCACCAGCAAAGACCACCACAUCAAGGAGGCAACCAGACACAGUCUCGUCCUCCUCGCCCCGACCACCAGCAAAGACCACCACAUCAUGGAGGGAACCAGACACAGUCUCGUCCUCCUCGCCCCGACCACCAGCAAAGACCACCACAUCAUGGAGGGAACCAGACACAGUCUCGUCCUCCUCGCCCCGACCACCAGCAAAGACCACCACAUCAAGGAGGCAACCAGACACAGUCUCGUCCUCCUCGCCCCGACCACCAGCAAAGACCACCACAUCAAGGAGGGAACCAGACACAGUCUCGUCCUCCUCACCCCGACCACCAGCAAAGACCACCACAUCAAGGAGGGAACCAGACACAGUCUCGUCCUCCUCACCCCGACCACCAGCAAAGACCACCACAUCAAGGAGGCAACCAGACACAGUCUCGUCCUCCUCGCCCCAAACCCCAAUAAAGAGAAAAUGUGAAGGCAGUAUCCUUCAGAAGAGCCUGUCGUUGGAUCUGGCAUGAUGGUGAUUCUCUGUGAUGUCAGCCCUUGAGAGGCUGCGGCAGAAGGCUCACGAAUGCGGUGUACCUGAGGCUGCCUAAUGAAC